GUACAUCGGGCUCUUGUAGGUCACGUCAGUCGCGCGGGAUGGGUGUGUCGAUGAGCGUCACGGAAGCUCCGGUGGCAGUGGGAAAUGAAUAAAUCCCAGCCCGCGGUCAUAAUGGGCAAGAGUUUAACUGGAAUUCAUGCGUGGUCCUCCUGCUUCAAGAGUUCAUAUAGCCUACUCCGGACGAUACCGAAGUUGAUUGUAGUCCAUGUGAAAGCAGGGUUUGAGGAGUUUGGUGUUGUAAGGUGAAUUGAUUCUCUGGAGUAUUGGAUCUGCAGUGUUUCUUCAGAGGUGUUCAUAUCCAAGCAAAGGACCUCAAGCAAGACCAAGAGAAUGUUCGAUAUAUUAUUUGUGAUGAUAUUUGGAUUGUCAGGUCGUGUUCUGACUAAAGAUACAGACACAAAAGGGAGGUUCAGUUCUCCAGUGGUGGAUGUUACUGAAAAGCAGCUUAUUAUAGAGAGAAAUCAGACACUUCAGCUAAACUGCAGGGGACGGUGGGAGGUCCAUUGGGUUUUGCCAUCAGGCGUACCAAAAGUCUACCACGGCACCCAGAUAGAAGAGACUCGAUGCGGGAAGAAAAAUAACCAGUACUGCAGCCGUCUGAUGCUCAGUCCUGCUUUAGCUCAACACACAGGCUCUUACCGCUGCAGGUACCGCCAAAAGCAGCGCAAACAGGCCUCUGUGUACGUCUACAUCACAGAUAGCCAGCAGCCGUUUGUAAAGGUGCAGUCAGAGAUCCCAGAUGUGGUGUACAUGAAGGAGGGAGAGCCGUUGGUCUUCCCCUGCAGAGUUACAAACCCAGAUGCCAAAGUCUCGUUGGUAAAGUUUCCUUUCCACCGGUUAGCUCCUGAUUAUAGAAACAUCAUCUGGAACAGCAGGCAAGGUUUCACUAUCCGUAGUCCCACAUUCUUCUACAUCGGGCUAUUUUCCUGUGAGACUAUCGUCAAUGGAGUCAAAUAUAGCAACAAGUUCUUGACUCACAGACCAGUGAAUAAAAUCCUGGAUGUGUAUUUGAACAGCACGGGUUUGGUGCACACGCUACAGGGCCAGAUGUUAGCACUGAACUGCACAGUUACAGCUGAAUGGAACGCCAGGGUUUCCAUUAGCUGGACGUACCCACAAAAGGCUAAUGGAUCUGCCACUAUCAUCAGACGCAUAUCAAGAAGCCGAAGCAACAUGCUCUUCUACAGUAUUCUCACCAUCCCCACACUGAGCAAAGCAGACCGAGGACUUUACAAAUGUCAUGUAACAAGUGGUCCAUCCAAGCGAGAAACAAAUACCACAGUUAUUGUCUAUGACCAGCCUUUCAUUCGACUUAAGCACAGAGAUGGCCCUGUGGUUCAGGCUUCUGCAGGACAGAAAUCUUUCCGUCUUACUCCAAAACUAAGGGCUUUCCCUGCACCUGAAGUCAUCUGGUUGAAAGAUGGGAUGAUCGCCGCCGAGCGGUGCUCCCGUUACCAUGUAGACGGCAUUUCUCUGGUCAUUCGGGAUGUGGCUGAGGAAGACUCAGGAAUCUAUACCAUCCUUACUGGCAUCCAGCAGUAUGGACUUUAUCAGAACCUCACACUCACGUUGGUGGUAAAUGUAAAGCCGCAGAUUGGAGAAAAGACAGUUUCCUCUCAACAACCCGGGACUGUCCAGCGAGGUAGCAGACAAGCUCUUCAUUGCACCUCUCAUGGUGUCCCACCACCUCAAAUCCAGUGGCUCUGGCAUCCGUGUCCUCCAAAAGGCCUAUGCGAGAAGCCUCCUCCUUCGUCCUGGACUGCAGUCAGCGAGAAGACAGAAGUCAUGUCCACCCACAAUCCCAUCCUGACCGUCAGCCACAGACAGGAAGUGUUAGAAGGGAAGAAUAAGACUGUAGGAGUUCUGAAAGUUGGCGAAGCAUUGAUAUCUGGCAUCUAUCGCUGUGUUGCGUCAAAUUUAAUGGGCAGAGAUGAACUAGACAUCCGUUUCUAUGUCACAGAUGUCAAAGGAGGCCUUAUCGCAUCUUUGGAGGAAGAGCCCAGAGAGGGAGGGGACCUUCGUCUGGUCUGUAUAGCCAAUAGGCACCUCUAUUCAGACCUGUCAUGGUAUAGAUUAACGAAUCAAUCCACAACAACAGAGGGAGCUUCAGUUCUCGGCGGGGAGCUCAAAGAGGGGCAGUUCUCUCAAACUCUGCAGCUUCUGCUGAAGAAUGUGACUGCACAGGAUUCAGGAACAUACCGCUGUUCUGUCACACUCCUGCUUACAGGAGAACAUACACACCUAGAUACAGCCGUGGAGGUCAAAGUUCUGCAGGCACCGGUGCUGCUGCGAAAUCUGAGCGAUCACAGUGUUAAUGUUAGCAACUCGGUCACUCUCCGCUGCCCCGUUCUGGGAAUUCCACACCCCCGGAUCACAUGGUAUAAGGACCAAAGAAAGCUUCAGCAGGUGUCUGGUAUUAUGCUGUUUGCAGAGGAAGGGACUCUUCAUAUCGACCGAAUUACAGUUGAAGACCAGGGACUUUAUACCUGUAAGGCCACCAAUGAGAGAGGGUCUGUGGAGAGCUCCGCCCACAUUUGGGUUCAAAGUUCAUCUGAAUCCCUUUCUCUGGAGAUCCCGACUCUAGCAUGUACAUGCGUGGUGGCCACUCUUUUCUGGCUGCUUCUCACACUGCUGAUUCGCAAACUCAAACAGCCAAACUCCACUAAUGGCAAAGCAGAGUACCUGCCAAUCAUCCUGCAUCCAGGGGAGGAGCCUCUGGUUGAGCACUGCGACAGAUUACAGUAUGAUCCUGCCCGAUGGGAGUUUCCACGUGACCGCCUUCAACUAGAAAAGCCCCUGGGGCGAGGGGCAUUUGGCAGAGUAAUGCAGGCCUCAGCUUUCGGCAUUUGCAAUUCAGCCAGCUGCACCACAGUGGCCGUCAAAAUGCUUAAAGAUGGCGCAACACCCAGUGAACACAAGGCUCUGAUGACCGAACUGAAGAUCCUCAAUCAUAUUGGUCAUCACCUCAAUGUGGUCAAUCUUCUCGGUGCAUGUACCAAACCAGGAGGGCCUCUGAUGGUUAUAGUUGAAUACUGUAAGUUUGGCAAUCUGUCUGCGUACCUUAAGAGCAAACGAGACGUCUUCCUGUUAAACAGGUUGAACAGAGAAGAGGAGGGAUAUAAAGGACGAUUGGUCAGUGUGUCCAGCAGCCAGAGCAAUGCCAGCUCGGGGUUUAGUGAGGAGAGAGGAGAGAUCUCAGAGGAGGACAGUGGUUCUCUUCCUGAAUCCAACACCCCUCUGCUGCUUGAAGACCUGAUUUCUUACAGCUUUCAGGUGGCCAGAGGAAUGGAGUUUCUCGCGUCUCGCAAGUGCAUUCAUCGUGACCUUGCUGCCAGAAACAUCCUGCUGUCCAACAACAACGUGGUGAAGAUCUGUGAUUUUGGCUUGGCCCGAGAUGUAUACAAAGACCCAGACUACGUGCGCAAAGGAGAUGCACGGUUACCACUGAAAUGGAUGGCGCCUGAAUCGAUCUUCGACAAAGUCUUCACCACUCAGAGUGACGUGUGGUCGUAUGGAGUUCUGCUCUGGGAGAUCUUCUCACUUGGAGCAUCUCCGUACCCGGGGCUGAACAUUGAUGAAGAGUUUUGUCACAGACUGAAGCAGGGGACUCGGAUGUGUCCUCCUGAGUACAGCAUCCCGGAGAUUUACAGCAUUAUGAUGGCAUGCUGGGAAAAUAACCCUGAGGACAGACCUUCUUUCUCUGCUCUUGUCGAGAUACUGGGAGACCUCCUGCAGACCUGCGUCCAACAGGAUGGAAAGGAUUAUAUUCCACUGAACGCUUUUAUUUCUGGAGAAGGAAAUACGGCGCACAUCGACCAGAAAGACAUAAGCCAGAGAACACUGGGAACGUCAAGCUACAUCAGCUCUGGGAAAAUCAAAGCCAUCAGCACUUUUGAGGAUCUGCACGAAGAAAUCCCUGAUGACAACCAGUCUGACAGUGGAAUGGUUCUCCCGUCUGAAGAGUUGAUUCGGGUGAAGUGGAUGGACAGAUUUAAAACCAAAAACAUCACUAAGCUCUUCUCUAAAGGUCAAAACCAGCACAUGAAGCUGCCUGCAAAAAUGCUGCCUUGUAUGAAUAGCGCCCCCUGUUGUCUUCAGAGGGAGGUUCCUCCUGUGUGUUACUCGGAGAGGUGCUGCUCUCCACCACCAGACUAUGAAGCUGCUCUCCUUUACCCCUGUUUCUAACACUUGCGUCAGCCAACCUGCCUGUAAACACCAGUCAACAUCCGUUACCACCACCACAAAAACACUGCUUAUCUCAACUCUUUUGCUUUCAGUACCUUAUUGUGCGAGGUUUGUCCUGUCAAACCUCUGCACAUUCCCACACCUCUUUACCCAAUCAGUUUCUGUGAUUUUUUAAAUUACUGGUUAAAAUUAAAUUAGAACAUUUUGAACAUUUUUUAGAGCUUACACUCACACAAAGCAAUUUUUAGCCAAUUGUAAUAUUAACAAAAAUUCAUAUGGAAAUUUCCAUUUUAGGAGUUAAUUGUGAUUAAUCUGUAACUUCAGGCCUGGAAAUUUCCAUGUUUUGCACGACUUUUGUCUGCAGUGUUGCAACUAGCAUUUCAGCGUUUUUGUUUUUAAACUCUCAUCUCAUAUCUGUAUACCGUCUUUGAAGCCACUGGUAAUCUGUACCACUUUAGUUUUGUUUUAGUCACAGAGCAGCUAAUAUUAUUUAUGAAAAGCAUUUACUACAAUCACUGCUUGUAGGUACCAAAUGUUUAACUGUAGAGCACAUUUCAUGUGCUGCAAGCCAUAUGCUGGAAAAGUUCACCUUACACUGUAUUUAUUUACAUUCAACACCUUAAUAGUAACCUCUGAAAAUAUUUUAAUGGUGUAUUUAAUGCUGAAAAAGAACAAAAUAAAUUUCAGAUCUAGAGCCAAAGCAAUUUUUUGGCAGUCGCAUGACUGCCAAUGCACGAAGCCUGCAAAUGAGGACAAGACUUUUUAGUUUAGGUAGAAUAAAAUACAUUUUAAUUGGAAAUAUAUAUAUCUCUUAGCAUUAAAAAAAAUUGGGGUCAGUAAAAAAAAAAUAAAUUGACGAUUUUUGAACAGUAAAAUUGUGAAAUAUGACUAUUUAAAAUAUCUUCUAUUUUAAUAUAUUUUAAAAUGUAAUUUAUUUCAGUGUUAGCAAAACUGAAUUUUCAGCAGCCAUUACUCCAGUUACAGGGUCAUAUGAUCCUUCAGAAAUCAUUCUAAUUUGCUGCUAAAGAAACAUGAAAACAAUUGUGCUGCAUAGUGUUUAUGGGAAACCAUGAGAAUGUUUUCAGCAUUAUUCGUGUUCAAAACAGCAUUUAUAUGAAAUGGAAUCUUUUGCAUCCGAUUCUUCUCUUCUGUGCUCUGACUUUCAGCCAAAAGUUGCAAACAAGUUCCUUUUUGCUGCUGUAGUUCAUCAUACUGUACUCAAACAACAAUUAUGCCAUUUAAGAACAAACAAACAAGUGUUCUCUUUUAUUACUCUUUAUUAAAAUACUGCUGUACACACAAAUAUUGCAAAAAUGUGACAAUAAACAAGAAGGGCAUAAAACGUACUGGGAUGGUGAAGGAGGAUUUCAUGUACGAGUGCAUAUGUAUGUGUGUGUCUGGAGUGCGUUCCACUGAAAACUGGGUACAUGAUAUGAGAUCGGCCUGUAAAAGGUGAAUUAAUGUAUGUGUGUGUGUAUGUGUAUGUGUGUGUGUGUGUGUGUGUGUGUGUGUGUGUGUGUGUGUGUGUGUGUGUGUGUGUGUGUGAGAGAGUGUGAGAGUGUGAGUGUGUGUGAGUGUGUGUGUGUGUGUGUGUGAGUGAGAGAUUCGGAGAGGGAUACGGGCUUGGCACCAUGUCCACCAAGUAUCAGUCGACAAACAAAAAAGAAGAGGGGAAAAGUACAUUAUUGAACUUGCAGCAUCCUCAGCUCUGCCUGCUGUAUCCUGCACCCUCUCGGUCCAGUGUGGCACACCCAAAUCUGUGCUGCAAGUCCUGCCUUUUCUUUGACUCACGGAUUGGGCAGUCACCAAUGACAGGUCAGACACAUUCAGUCAUUGGCAUAUUCCUGUCAGGGAUCAACCUGAGCGAAUUCCAAACUGUUUUCCGGAUGUUGUCACAUAAUUCAUAGGUCAAAUCAUAGUUAAACAAAAACGAAACCAAGAGAAACCAAUACAAUCCCAACCGUCCUGCUGGGACUGGUCCACAGAGAUCACACUAGUGAAGUGAGAAACAUCCCAUCAUGCAUCUCUGUACAACAACUUGGUGAGGAAAGGGAAUGACAGUAACAACACAAGAGAGCUCUAUACUGAGAUUCACUAUAUCCAAACCAAUACUAGCGUGGAGAGCGGGAAAAUAAGAACGAAUUAGGAAAAAGAAUGACGAAAUGGACAGAAACUUGGGAUGCUCCACAACAGAGGCAUAAGAGGACAUUCCACAAUGAGACAGAACUGGUUUCCCUUGCUAGCGUGGUCCAGUUCUUUGGUUCCUAUCACAAGAGCCUGACUAAAAAAAAACAACAGAAACGACAACGAAAAUGCAUCCUCUCAAAAUCUGAUUUCAAAAAGCAUCCGUAAAAUGAAAAAGGAUGUUGCGAAAUUCUGAAAUAAACGACAAGUUUACACAGCAAGAGGAGAGAGCACCCCUUUGUCAUGGAAUCCCCCCUCGACUGCACGCAACCAGUAACUUCCCCUCCCGCCUCCAAGUUGGCCAACUUUUAAAUGAGUCAAUACAGCAGACGAGGAGUGGCGGCACAUUACUACUAAUGCCACACAUUCAUAAGUGGUCAGUCUCAUCAGUUUGCCCAACCCAAUGGUUUGUCCCAUCAGAGCCGAGGACUCUGAUCACAUGACCAGUGGUCUGUCCCAAAUCGUAGUACCUCAUUAAAAACGCGUGAGGAGAUGAUGUGGAAAAAAAACGGCGCUCUGUUUUUCUUCCAUUUCAUGUGUGAGGCCCCGGCCCUCAACGCACCCUGUGGGACACGCACAAUCACUUAAAAAGGAACUUAAAAUGUUUAGUGCAUCCUCCAAAGAAAAAAAAAAAUUUAAAAUAAAAGCAGGAAGUAAAGUCUCUUAUUUUUUGGACAUUGUUCCCAAGUCUAAAAAAAAAAAAAAAAAAAAAAGAA